AUGUUCGACUGGAGAAUCUUGGAAUAUAGUAUAAACAGAUGUUUAAAUGGUUGUGGAUCCAAGGUUGGAUAUAUUUAUUUUGUGUUUUUUUAUUUGAUUUUUAGUAUGAUUCUUGUUAAUCUUUUCAUUGCGGUUGUUUUAGAAGUUUUUGAGAAAAUAAUGUACGAGGAAAACUCCCAUUUAAAACCUGGACAAAUAGACGAUUUUAUAUACUAAUGGCAAAAAAUAGAUAAAAAAGCGACCCUUUUUAUACAAGCUGAGUAGAUAUUUGAAUUAUUAAAUAAAGUUGAAUAACCUUUGGGUUGGAAAGAUGUUAAAUUAAAUGAAAACUAGAAAAAAGUAAUUGUUGGAAAUUUAGGAAUUUCUCUUUAUAUGCAUUAAUAUAAAUAAAAUACUAUAAAGUUUUAUUUUUAUUUUUAUGAUGUACUUUUAGCUAUUACUAAAAAGUUUAUUAUGGAUAAAAUUCAAAACGAAGAUGAAAAAUUAGAAAGUGAGAAUAAAGGACAUUAUGUAAAAUAAAUAAUGCAAAACUAUAAAAAUAAACUAAAAAAGAAUUUAAAAUAAAAAAUUAUUACAUAAUAUGAUUCGUCAUAUUUAGUAGCCGUUUUGAUAAUAAAAAAGGCAUUACGAAAAUACAGAAUAAGGAAAUAAUAAUUAAAUUUAUAAAGUGAUACUUAAGAGAAUUAAGAUGAUUUUAAUUUAGUAAAUAGAAAAAAUGCAAAUUGAACAAUUUUAUAAAUAUAUUAUUUUAUAAUAAAAAUUCAAUAUUAUUUAGGAGAUUUUGGUGUAAAUUCUCUUAAAAAUUACGCUAAAGAUACUCUUUGUGUAUAAUUACUUUAAAAAAAUCUUCUAAAAAAAUACUGAAAAUCAUUUUCAGGUAUUUAUAUUCCUUCUUUUUCUAUAAAAUUUUAAAUAUCAAAUUAAUUUAAAAAACCUUUUUUUUCAAAAUCAAUUAAAUAAAAAAUAUCCUUUAAUUUAUUUUUUUUAAAAAAAAUCUGUUUCAGUCCUUCUAUAGCACAUUCAUUUUCAAUAAUAGUGCAUAAAAAUUAAAUAAAAAUUUGUCUACUCUAUUAACAGAAUAUAUCUUAUUAUAAAAAUUAUAAAUCAUAUCUUAUAUCUUCCACUAAAGGAGUAUUUAAACCGAAAAAAAUAUCAUUAAAUUCCCCAAAAGUCAAAAAGCCGUCAUUAUCUUUAUCGAAUCUUCUAAUAAAUAAAUACAAAUCGUGUUUUUGAGGAUAUAAUUCGAUUUUUUCGAAAAAAAUCUUAAUUUCAUUUACACUUAUUUUACCUUUUCCAUCUAUAUCGAAUA